UUUGCAGGCGAGGGGGCGUGCAGCGCUGGGUAGAAAGCAUCAGAAACGGUUUUUUUUUCUCCAAACAAAAUCUGUCUGUGGUUGGGGGCGGUCAUAAAGGUGAUGCAUUUCAAUUAAAAAGGAUGUAGCCGUCCCACCGCAGUUUGCAGGAAUCACACGUUAGGGGAAGGAGAGCGAGGGCAGAUAAAGGAGAUUGAAAAGAAGCCGCGGCCUUCAGUGAUUCGCAGCCGGGUCAGGCCUCACGGCCUGCAGGACGGGGACAGUCAUGGCGUCUGCUGAGACCAUGGACCUGGCAGUGGAAGAGCUGGGCCUUUCGAUGGAUGAGAUCCGGGAGUGGAUUGACCAAGAGUUGGAGAAGGUGGACCUGCUGAAGCAGCGGCGUGCUGCCCUGCAGGAGCUGGAGACCUGGGUGGAGAAAAAGGAGGCCGAGAUGGCUCACGUCGACGGGCUCUUCGAAGACGCGUCCAGGUCGGUGGACGUGUGCGAGUUAAUGGUGAAGGACCUGUACAACAACCUGGGCCUGCAGUAUGAGGAGGCCUCCACCGAGGAAGGAACGGGGAAGGACAGCGCCAAGGUGUCCGAAGUGAUAGAGAUCCUGGACGACGAUGACGACGACGACGUGAUGGCCGUGGAACCCGUGGAGACGGGACGAGCCGCUGCCCCAGCGUCCACCACGUCGACCGUGACUGCCCUGAGCAAGAUCACCCGCGAGCCGUCCUUGCUGCGCGAUGCCAUGGCCGCGAUGCGGAAGUCUGCCCGGGACGUUCAGAAGUUUGUGGAGGCCGUCUCCAGGAAGCCGCCGCCCGCCUCGGUGUGCCUGCUCCGAGCCACGACCACGGCAGCAGAGACCGAGAAGAGCGGGCAGUCCGGGCUGGCCUUCUCUGUGCCGUCUUCGCCCGCCAGCACCCUGUCGUCCACCUGCAGCACCCACCUGCGCCCGGCUCGCCUGGCUGCCCCACAGCCCCCCGCUGCCAACCCGCCUCAGGCGGCCACCUCCGUCGUGGAAGAUGGCGAGGUGGUGAAGGACGGCGACCUCUUUAAGGGCAUGCGGAUUCUGGGCAAGAAGCGCACCAAAACCUGGCAUAAAGGGGUGCUCAUUGCCAUCGUGACCACGGGCAACGCGAACAAGUACAAGGUCAAGUUCGACAACAAGGGCAAGAGCCUGCUGUCAGGGAACCACGUUGCCUACGACUACCACCCCGCUGCUGACCGCCUGAUGGUGGGGAGCAGAGUGGUCGCCAAGUACAAGGACGGCAACUCGGUGUGGCUGUACGCCGGCAUUGUGGCUGAAACUCCCAACAACAAGAACAAGACUCGGUUCCUCAUUUUCUUCGAUGACGGCUACGCCUCGUACGUCAAUCUGUCGGAGCUGUAUCCCAUCUGCAGGCCGCUGGCCAAAACCUGGGAGGAUAUCGAGGACGUCUCCUGCCGGGAUUUUAUCGAGGAGUACAUCACCGCCUACCCCAACAGGCCCAUGGUGCUGCUAAAGAACGGCCAGCAGAUCAAAACCGAGUGGGAGGGCACCUGGUGGAAGUCUCGGGUCGAGGAGGUGGACGGUAGCCUGGUGAAAAUCCUCUUUCUGGACGAUAAACGCUGCGAGUGGAUUUACCGUGGGUCCACCCGCCUGGAGCCCAUGUUCAACCUGAAGAUGACCACCGCCUUCCGCCAGGGUGGUCAGAGUGGGCAACAGAGGACCCGGCCGAACGUCGGUGCGGUUCGGACCAAGGGGCCUGUGGUGCAGUACACACAGGAUCUGACUGUGAACACCACCCAGAGCCCUCAGCUCUCGCGUCCCUCCAAUCAACAGCCGUCUCUCCCUCUGCCUCAGCAGCCCCAGUCUCCCAUCGACAAAACUGAUAUGGACUCCGAUCUGGGCUGGGGGGGGACAGGAACCGUUCAGAUAGACAGCUCAGCAAGCUACCCACCAAUAGGCUGCUGCAGAGUUGUCUGCCAUUUUACUACAUUCUUCACAGCUUCAGGGCCGGUGAGACGCGCCCCCUCUCUCUCUCUCUCUGUAUUUUGGUUACGGUUCCGCCGUUACCUGUUACUCCGCUGUCAUUGCCCCAUACCUGGGCUGCCACGAGCGGGGCGCUCUGCCAGCCGUGAACUCCGCCCUCACCCUGUGCUUUAUCUCCCCCCCCUGCCCCGUUCCAGAGUUGGGGCACUGCCCGGCGGUGCCCCGGAGCCCGUCGCCGGGGCGCCCCCUGCAUCGCUGCCUUACGAGCUCUUGGACGAGCCGAUGCCAGUGGAGGUGCCGUACAAGGCGCCCACCGAGAAGCUCUUCUACGUGGCGCACGUCUGCCAGCCCGCCUGCCUGGCGCGCCCCCUGCCCGUGAGCCGCGGGCAGUACCGGGGCCGCAACCCCAUGCUGGUGCCCCUGCUGUACGACUUCCGGCGGAUGACGGCGCGCCGCAAGAUCAACCGCAAGAUGUCCUUCCACGUGGUGUACAAGGGGCCGUGCGGGCUCUCGCUGCGCAACAUGGAGGAGGUGGAGCAGUACCUGUCUGCCACCCGUGCUGACUUCCUCUACCUGGAGAUGUUCUGCUUCGACCCCUACGUGCUGGUGGACCGCAAGUUCCAGCCCCAGAAGCCCUUCUACUACAUCCGGGACAUCACCCGCGGCGCGGAGGACGUGCCCCUCUCCUGCGUCAACGAGAUCGACACCACGCCCCCGCCCCAGGUGGCCUACAGCAAGGAGCGCAUCCCCGGCGAGGGGGUCUUCAUCAACACCCACGCCGACUUCCUGGUGGGCUGCGUCUGCACCGACGGCUGCAAGGACAGGUCCAAGUGCGCUUGUCUGCAGCUGACCACCCAAGCAACGGCCUGUAACCCAGGCGGUCAGAUCAACCACAACGCAGGCUAUCAGAGCAAGCGACUGGACGAGUGUCUGCCCACGGGGAUUUAUGAGUGUAACAAGCAGUGUAAGUGCAACGAGGGCAUGUGCACCAACCGGCUGGUGCAGCACGGCCUACAGGUCAGGCUUCAACUCUUCAAAACCCAGAACAAGGGCUGGGGCAUCCGCUGCCUGGACGAUAUCGCCAAGGGCUCUUUCGUCUGUAUUUACGCAGGUAACCGGGCUGCUGGGGUCAGCCUGCCGCGGUCACUCGCAGCAACUUUCGCUCUUUGGUUUUACCCCUCCCUCCUCUUCAGCGCUGAGGGAGCGCCGUGCAGUCUGACGCACUACUGAAGGGCGACACUGCUCUCCUGACCUUGUAAAUCUUUUCUGAGCCCUUUCAAGUUACACAACAACAUUCCUACAGCAGGGAGA